AUGGGACAGAAGAGCUGGCAGGGGGGGGUUGGAGGCUUGGGGGGAGGCUUGAGGGAGGGGGGACAGUUAAUUACCCGACAUCUCCUCUGCCCAUCAGUCUGCUCCCCUCCGGCCCCUGGACCAGCGGUGUCCAUGGUUCCUCUGCCCAUCAGUCUGCUCCCCUCCGGCCCCUGGACCAGCGGUGUCCAUGGUUCCUCUGCCCAUCAGUCUGCUCCCCUCCAGCCCCGGGACCAGCGGUGUCCAUGGUUUCUAGCUCAGUCUGCUCCCCUCCAGCCCCGGGACCAGCGGUGUCCAUGGUUCCUCUGCCCCUCAGUCUGCUCCCCUCCGGCCCCUGGACCAGCAGUGUCCAUGGUUCCUCUGCCCAUCAGUCUGCUCCCCUCCGGCCCCUGGACCAGCGGUGUCCAUGGUUCCUCUGCCCAUCAGUCUGCUCCCCUCCGGCCCCUGGACCAGCGGUGUCCAUGGUUCCUCUGCCCAUCAGUCUGCUCCCCUCCGGCCCCUGGACCAGCGGUGUCCAUGGUUCCUCUGCCCCUCAGUCUGCUCCCCUCCGGCCCUGGGACCAGCGGUGUCCAUGGUUCCUCUGCCCCUCAGUCUGCUCCCCUCCGGCCCCUGGACCAGCGGUGUCCAUGGUUCCUCUGCCCCUCAGUCUGCUCCCCUCCGGCCCCUGGACCAGCGGUGUCCAUGGUUCCUCUGCCCCUCAGUCUGCUCCCCUCCGGCCCUGGGACCAGCGGUGGUCAUGGUUCCUCUGCCCCUGAGUCUGCUCCCCUCCAGCCCCGGGACCAGCAGUGUCCAUGGUUCCUCUGCCCAUCAGUCUGCUCCCCUCCGGCCCCGGGACCAGCAGUGUCCAUGGUUCCUCUGCCCAUCAGUCUGCUCCCCUCCGGCCCCUGGACCAGCGGUGUCCAUGGUUCCUCUGCCCAUCAGUCUGCUCCCCUCCGGCCCCUGGACCAGCGGUGUCCAUGGUUCCUCUGCCCCUCAGUCUGCUCCCCUCCGGCCCUGGGACCAGCGGUGUCCAUGGUUCCUCUGCCCCUCAGUCUGCUCCCCUCCGGCCCCUGGACCAGCGGUGUCCAUGGUUCCUCUGCCCAUCAGUCUGCUCCCCUCCGGCCCCUGGACCAGCGGUGUCCAUGGUUCCUCUGCCCCUCAGUCUGCUCCCCUCCGGCCCUGGGACCAGCGGUGUCCAUGGUUCCUCUGCCCCUCAGUCUGCUCCCCUCCGGCCCCUGGACCAGCGGUGUCCAUGGUUCCUCUGCCCCUCAGUCUGCUCCCCUCCGGCCCCUGGACCAGCGGUGUCCAUGGUUCCUCUGCCCCUCAGUCUGCUCCCCUCCGGCCCUGGGACCAGCGGUGGUCAUGGUUCCUCUGCCCCUGAGUCUGCUCCCCUCCAGCCCCGGGACCAGCAGUGUCCAUGGUUCCUCUGCCCAUCAGUCUGCUCCCCUCCGGCCCCGGGACCAGCAGUGUCCAUGGUUCCUCUGCCCAUCAGUCUGCUCCCCUCCGGCCCCUGGACCAGCGGUGUCCAUGGUUCCUCUGCCCAUCAGUCUGCUCCCCUCCGGCCCCUGGACCAGCGGUGUCCAUGGUUCCUCUGCCCCUCAGUCUGCUCCCCUCCGGCCCUGGGACCAGCGGUGUCCAUGGUUCCUCUGCCCCUCAGUCUGCUCCCCUCCGGCCCCUGGACCAGCGGUGUCCAUGGUUCCUCUGCCCAUCAGUCUGCUCCCCUCCGGCCCCUGGACCAGCGGUGUCCAUGGUUCCUCUGCCCCUCAGUCUGCUCCCCUCCGGCCCUGGGACCAGCGGUGUCCAUGGUUCCUCUGCCCCUCAGUCUGCUCCCCUCCGGCCCCUGGACCAGCGGUGUCCAUGGUUCCUCUGCCCCUCAGUCUGCUCCCCUCCGGCCCCUGGACCAGCGGUGUCCAUGGUUCCUCUGCCCCUCAGUCUGCUCCCCUCCGGCCCUGGGACCAGCGGUGGUCAUGGUUCCUCUGCCCCUGA